UGCAUGCCGUCUGGCUCUGCGCUCGACACUAACUAACCCUUGGCUCGCAGCCUGCCUCGAGCUGUCAGGAUGUCUACACCCAUCCCGCGGCCGUCGAAGAAGGCCCGCAAGGCAGAGAUAGCAGCAGCGCAGACUCCGCUCAAGGCAGAGCUGCAGGAUGCUCCUUCCGUCCUUGUCGAGUUUGUCGACCCUCACGGCCAAGCAGUGACAGUAGACGCUAGCUCAGGCGCAGGCACGAGCACGGGAGCGAUCAGGAUACCGAGCAAUCUCGACAGUGAAGCGCUCGCCCUCCUCGUCAACACGCUCAAGGGCGAAAAGGAUGAACCGUACCCAUACAGCUUCCACAUCGUCCUGCCUGCUUCUGCUUCUGCUGGCCCUGAUGAGCAGGAGAGGAUACCGCUGGAGCAGUCGAUCUAUCAGACCAUACUACAGUCACAAGCUGCAGUCGCCUCUGUCAAGGGCAAGCAGACCGCAAAGCGCGGCUUGUCCACUGAGGACACACUGAGAAUCGUGUGCCAGCCCGAGGCACUCUUCCGUGUGCGGCCCAUCAAUCGCAACUCUUCCUCUCUCUCUGGUCACGGAGCGCCCAUCCUCUGCGCUGCCUUUUCACCGACGGGAAAGUGGCUAGCAACAGGCUCCGGCGAUUUUACAGCGAGAAUAUGGGAUCUGAGUACAGAGACACCUCGCUUCACUCUCGGCGGACCUGCGCAGAGCACAGGCGAAGGUGCGACAACGACGACCGGACAUCGCGGCUGGGUCCUCUGUGUCGAGUGGGAUCCUUUGGAACGCUUUCUCGCUACAGGCUCGCAUGACAAUACCGUCAGGAUAUGGUCACCCGCGACGGGCAAGCAAGUCGGCGAGCCGCUCCGGGGACACUCCAAGUGGAUCACCUCGCUCGCUUGGGAACCGCUCCAUCUGUCGGGAGAAGGCGUCAGGCUUGCCUCGAGCUCAAAGGACAGUACGGUUAAGAUUUGGAAUGCCACAGCUGGCAGAUUGGAGAACACGCUCGGAGGUCACACGGCUUCUGUCAAUGUGGUCCGGUGGAGCGGCACAGGUCUCAUCAUCACGGCGAGCAGCGAUCGCACAAUCCGGCUAUGGAAAGAUGGAAAGACAGUGCGCGUGCUGUCAGAGCAUGCCCACUGGGUGACGACAAUGGCUCUCAAUACCGAUUUCAUUCUCAGGACGGGCCCGUUCGAUCCCGUCGGACCGACGCCGGCGAACGAGACGGAAGCUCGCACGAUGGCGAAAGACCGCUAUGCUCGCUUUGUUGCGACAAAAGAAGAGCUCCUCAUUUCCGGCUCGGACGAUCAUACGCUCUUCCUCUGGACGCUCUCUGAAUCUGCGCCAAACCCGAAGAAACCGCUCGCUCGGUUGACGGGCCAUCAGAAGCAAGUCAACCACGUCGCCUUCUCACCGGACGGCAAUCAGAUCGCCUCUGCUUCGUUCGACAAUUCCGUCAAGCUCUGGCAGGGCGACACAGGCAAGUUUAUCGCCAGUCUACGCGGUCACGUCGCGCCUGUCUAUCGCGUCAGCUGGUCGGCCGAUUCUCGUAUGCUCAUCAGUGCGAGCAAGGACUCGACGCUCAAGCUCUGGAAUCUCAAGACACACAAGAUCAGGGUCGAUCUGCCUGGCCAUACCGAUGAGGUCUACUGUGUCGACUUUGUGGCCGACAAGGUCGCUUCUGGGGGUCGCGAUCAGCAAGUGAAGAUAUGGCGGAAUUAGAGCGUCCUUGUAGCAAUGUUGUGUAUGACAAUCGUACAACAAACAGCAGAAUCCGUGAUGUCUCAUUCUUCGUCUACCCACUGGUUCGCUAGCGGCCCAAUGUACGGC